GGCGGAAGGCAGUGGAGCAGGGAGCAACAUGGCUGACAGUAAGGCCAAGUCCGCCAAGGCCGCCAACAAGACGCCCCCCAAGUCCCCAGGAGACCCUGCAAAGGACAGGGCAGCCAAGAGGCUGUCGCUGGAGACGGAAGGUGCCCCCGAGGGGGCGGCGGCCACGGCCCCGGAGCUCAGCGCCCUGGAGGAGGCCUUCCGGCGGUUUGCUGUGCACGGGGACACCAGGGCCACCGGGAAGGAGAUGCACGGCAAGAACUGGUCGAAACUGUGUAAGGACUGCCAGGUCAUCGACGGGAAGAACGUGACUGUCACCGACGUGGACAUCGUCUUCAGCAAAAUCAAAGGGAAGUCCUGCCGGACCAUCACGUUCGAGCAGUUCAAGGAGGCGCUUGAAGAGCUCUCCAAGAAGCGAUUCAAAGAUAAGAGCAGCGAGGAAGCCGUCCGCGAGGUGCACAAGCUCAUCGAGGGCAAGGCCCCCAUCAUCUCAGGGGUGACGAAAGCCAUCUCGUCGCCCACUGUAUCUCGACUCACAGACACGACCAAGUUCACGGGCUCCCACAAGGAACGCUUCGACCCAUCGGGCAAGGGCAAGGGCAAGGCAGGCCGCGUGGACCUGGUGGAUGAGUCAGGCUACGUGCCGGGCUACAAGCACGCAGGCACCUAUGACCAGAAGGUGCAGGGGGGCAAGUAGGCAGCCUGGUGGCCCCUCUUGCCAAGGCCCGCACCACCUCACACUUCAUUACAUUCCUGUGCUCCUUGGUCACAACUCAAGACUCCAGGGUCCGGGUGGCUGUGGGGGCAGCACCCGGGCCUCCUCCUGCCCGGGGGCCGGCGUGCUUCUCUCUGACCCCCAGGUAGGGCUCCUGAACUCACUGACCUUUUAUAACACACCUGCCUCGUCCAGUGCCGGCCACCAACAUAUGGCCUUUUCCAAAGUGUCUCCCAGGACCAGACCACACUAGCCACCUAGCUUAUAGGCCAGAGGGCCACCGUAAAGGAGCUGGUGGGCCACAGGGGUGAGUGGGACAGACCCUGUCAGAGGUGGUGCCAACCUCCUGACCUCUAGGCCCAUCCUAGGAGCCUCGAGGGCAACAUGAGCUAACGCACUAACCAGCAGCACCAAGAAAACCAAGCGAGAGCCAAACAGGACACUGUGCAGGUGUGAGGAGGUGGGAUUCGUAUGUGCCCGCAUGCGCACACAUGCUCACGCACGUGCUUGCUCACACACACACACACCUGCACAUACGUCAUGUAACCAGAGGCUGGUGAGCAGGGGAGGAAGAUGAGCCAGUGAAAGGUCUUCAGUGGCUAAAGGAACACGGUUUGAAGUGCGAAGCCUGAAGAUUUCCAAAUGGAACCUGAGGACAGUUCACUUCAUUGUGCUUUUCUAAGAAGAAAUAAGAAAUGUGUUUAUUCUGAGAAUGGGUCUGGGAACAUUGGGAAUUCCAUUUCUGCCCCUUCCUUUCCUGCUGUCUAUGUCCCAGGUCAGGACACAGUCACUUGGCUGGCAUGACCAGGCGUCCUCUGCCCCAGGCCCUGUCCUGCCCCUGGGGCCUUAGGGCUGUACGCCCACGUGGCGGAUCCCUCUGUGCUAGCACAUGGCACAAACCUUAGUGGUUCGCUCUCUGCGGUGAGGUGUCCCUGACCUCUCCCAAGCCCUACGCGGGCAGAGAACCACACACCAACCAGGCCUGGGAGGGGCUCUGAGGCCUGCAGCAUUGGCUAGCAUUUGGUUUCUCCGUGAGGCUGGUCAGGGGACAGAGCAUUGGGGCCCCUGUCACAGUGGCCCCACAGGAACACGUCCCUUUGCUUAAGUGCAGCCAAUCCUGGAGAGUGACUGGUGGGGCUGUGUGGUCCUGGCACUGAUCCUGGGAAAAGCCCUCAGCAGCCUCAGGGAAAUGCUUCCUGGAGCCCAUCCACACUGCCACUGUUAGGUGUCCAGGCAGCAGCUGAUUGGGGGCACCCCCUUCCUGGGUAUGGCCUGGCCUGCAGCACAGGCGGCAGAAAUAAAGACUAGUACCACAGUGGCACGUGCACCUGCGUCCCUGAGCCCAAAGGGCACUCUGGCUGUUGCUGGAGCUGGGGACAGUCCCUGGUCUGCGCAGAGGGGCUCAGGACCUGCACUCCCAUCCAGCAUGGUCCCUGUGAAAGGACAGCAUCUCCACCAAGCUCCUCACUCACAGGCUUCCUCUCACCCCCAGCAGGGCCUCGACCCAUGGGCGGUUGGCAGUGGCUUCGCCAGCAGCUUCCUUCUAAGGAUCUAGAACUUCGAAGUGCAUUAAAACAGAAGAAAUGAUGGGUCACAGGCUUUGAGUUACUUCUAAGACACAAUUUCUGAGCUGCCUACCCUCCAUUCCAUGGCAGGGAAGGCAGGAAAAUAGAGGACCUAGUGCUGGGGGGGGGAGAAGCAGGCAGGACACAGGGAGGACCCCCGCCCUGUGCCCCUCCACCCUUUCCCAGGCUUGACCCCUGUGAAGACCCAGCGGCGAGAGGAGAGUGUGGAAAUGUGUCUGAAUUCAACAUGUGUUUCUCGACAACAAGCGGAUCACAAGGCAGAAAGCUGUUUCCAGAACCCAAAAGCUUCUCCUCAUGGUCAUGGAAUGGGCCUCCCCUCCAGACCCGGGUGAGGCACCCUGCUGGGGAGCGCCAACCACCAGAGGCAGUGGGGCUGCUGCUCCUGCCCAUCAACAGCGGUGUCCUUGCAGCACAGAUGCCAGGAUCCAGCAACACCCCGACCCCACAGUGCGUGCCUGGUGAGCAGAGGGUGGGGGUCCCUGUGCCACUGCCUGUAGAGGGAAUGGAUGCCCCCUGGCCCAGAGUCCGCCUCGACCCCCAGGAAGUCUGUUCCCUGUCCCAGAGGGGGUCUCCAGGAAAACAGCCUCCCCGGGACCACCCUGGGAGACUGGGAUCUAAACAGCUGCCUGCCCCUGGAGACUCUGCCACAGCACCCUCCCCAGAGGAGGAGGAGGAGAGGAGCCCCUGUUCCACCACAAGGCACCAGUGCAGCAGCCCAGCAGAGCCAGGGGAGCCCAGCUGCUCGACAGCAGACCAUCAGCGGACUUCUGAUGAAUGUUUCCAAAUGCGUUCCUGACUCUUCUAACAGCACCUUCCCUUUGGGCUCAAAUAAGAACCAAGUGAACACAGCUGGUCCCCCUUGGUGGCCCGCCCUGCCCCACAGCACAAGGUCCGCUUGGCCACAGAGGCACUGUGGUCCCCACCGCUUCCCCUCCUGUCCCAACCCGAGGCCUCCUCAGAUGGCAUCCUCUUCCCCAAAGCCUGGGAGACGCACCUCCCCUCUGUCAGGAAGGAGGGAGAGGUAGCAAAGACUUGGUCAUGAGGCUUCUGUGGUCACCAUUCUGUCAGUUUAAAAUCAUCUGCUCCAUCUGUCCAUGCACCCGUGUGCAGCCCUUGCAAACAAAACAGGUGCUUGGGCUGCACUGCACGGAGACACGCACGCAUGUUCCUCCGUCAGGGUCUGCAUAAGUGAGAACACACAGGCCGGGUGUGUGUCUGUGCCGCAUGUUUUUAUGCAAUGCCAAUUAGCUUCUACUAACCGUGGUUAACUAGAAACCCAACGUCUAUCUGUGAAUAAACGAGACUGCACAGCAUGGAGGAGACAGGACACAUUGUCAGGGAGGGCAGGGCUGACGGUGUCUGAGCGUCAGGAGGGAACUGGAGGAGCGCGCUCCACAGGAUCACACCAGAAUACUUAUUUAUUUCUACUUAAAUGACAGGAUAGGCAACUAGGCAGUGGUCAGUAACACAGUUAGCUUUACCAAAAUGAAGUUCAAAUCACUUUAAGUUUAGAAUGCUGUAGCAAAAGAUACGUAUUUAUACUGGAGUAUUUUUUCACCUCUCACAUUCUCAGUCCUAAGUUUGAGACCGAUGGAAAUCGGAUCAGAUGUGAGAAGCCAGGGGGUGGGGACAUGGAGACGGCUUGCUGGCACCACUUCCUGUCUGUGCCACUCUGUCUCCACAUCCCUGUGGUCACAGCUCAGCCCAGGCCAUGGGUGUCCCUCUGGCCGCUGGUGGACCGGGACCGUGGCAGUGGGCAGAGUCUCCUGCCCCCACCCCAGGCUGCUUCUGUGCUCAGGCACUGUCUGUGGCUGCUUCAGCGCCGCAUCAAGUGGUGGGGAAGAAACCUAAAAUGUUCACCAUCUGCCCCUUUAUGGGGAGCGUGUGCGGGCCUGCCCUGGGGGCCCAGCCCAGUUCCCCUCUCCUGCAGCCUGCACCACAUGGGGCACCCUGUCGUCACCUGUUCCGUGCAGGCCAGGUUGACAAUUCAGCUGUACUGUGAAGUUACCAAUAGGCUAGAAUGUCCUUAAAACACCUACCCUCAGUAGCUCCCCACCACUGAUUUACUACUGAACACUUGGUGGAACUGGGCGGGUCAGGGUGUGGCCCUUGUCCAAGGGCAUGCGGAGGGCACGGCCCCAGGCAGGGCCGGCCAGUGGUCACCCUGACCUUUGAGAUGCUUUCGCUCUCCCUUUUGACUCUUGAAAAACCAAACCAAGCCAAACAACAAAGGAAACCCGCACAACUUAAAAGAAAACUUGAAAGGGAUCGUAUACUACUAGUUUGUACUAAGUUUUUUUCAGGAAAGGGAAAUAAAUUUAUAUAUAUAUGCAAUAUAUUUUUACACUGUUUUGUUACCAUUAGGGAGUUCUGAGUGUAUCACUUUAUCAGUGUGAUGGUGACGUAGCGUCGACGUCUUGGGUGUUCUGACUCAGAAAGGCACAUCUGUGGGCAUCUAAGAGCCGUGCUCACCAGGAACGUCUAUGGGUACAGGGUGGCCCUCCUCUCCAUCCCCAGAGCGUGAGGCACGGUGUCACCUGUCAGACCUGCUAUCAAGGCCUGGCUUGCAAACCUUUAGUGAAACAGCUCAUGUCUGUCUGCAUAUUUCUCCUCCUGUGUUUGCUGUUGUUAACAUUGUGUGUCAAAUUGGUAAAGUGAUAAAUAAAGGUGUUGAAAUGUGGA